GUUACGGAAGAACAAGAUCGGGACAUAACCUGGAACGCAGCAUUCUUUUUCAAGAAGGAUAGAUCCAGAAAUGGUUAUGUUAACAAAUUUCCAGGCAUCCACUGCCUUUUGACAAAAAUAAGCCUUUUCAAGUGUUUGGAAUUUCAGCGGUGCCAUUUUCCUGAAGCCUAUAACUUUUACCCACCCACAUGGUUUCUGCCCCACCAAUACGAUGAGUGGGCCUCUUACACCGCCAAACAUGAAAUAGGAACGGUGACAUACAUAGUAAAGCCUAGCGGUGGUACACAGGGCAAGGGAAUCUACCUUGUUCAAUCACCAAAAGAGUACUGCAAAGAACACAUGAAUGGACGUGGAUUUGGACCUCCUAAUGAGGAUGAAGAAGGUGUGGAUCCAACUGUCUGUCUUGGGACCGAUUCACUGGGCUAUUUGGCAGCUAAGGAGGUGGUACAACAGUACGAACACAGUCCAGUACUUGUGAGUGGUUUCAAAGCAGAUCUACGCAUCUACGUAGUUCUGGAAUCCCUCAAGCCUCUUCGAAUCCACGUUUAUAGAGAUGGUCUGGUCCGCUUGGCUAGUCAGAGAUAUCAUACACCGGAUCCAAUGAACAUGCGGAAUAGUAAGAUGCAUCUAACCAACUACUCCAUAAACAAGUUUCCAGACAGUGUAGAUCCAGAUGGAUCAUCUCAGAUAGAAGCUGUCGCGAGAGGAUCAACGACGGCGUCUAUGAAUGGUGGUAGUCAUAGCGAUGCUGAAUGCCUGAGUCCCUUUUGCAUGAAAACAAAGACCAAUUGGCAGUGCAAGCGUCGCCUUCACCACUUCAUUCAGUCUGGAGGUUUUGAGACUGGAAGUAAACUCACUCCAGAAACUUUUUGGCCAAAAGUAGAUGAAUUGGUGAGAAACACAGUGUUCGCUUUGGUCCCCUAUCUCCGUGUCGCCUACUGGGCAGAGUGUGGAGGCUAUGGAGUGACUGAUCCUGGUUCAGUCAAGUUCAAAGACUCCCCACAAUGCUUCCAGAUUUUUGGCUUUGAUUUGCUGCUCUUGGAACCCGAUUGUCGACCGGUUCUUCUGGAGGUGAAUAGCAGUCCAAGCCUUCGAAUUGAUUGUAUGCGUCCACUGGUGCGCUAUCCAAGUGUGGCAGCACGUCAAGGUCUGUCGCCAGACAUUGUAGUCAACUCACCAAAGUACUCUGCCUUCUUUCGAUCGCGUGUUGAUGAAGCGGUGAAAUUGGGACUGUUGAAGGCAACACUCCUACUCAUGGGUAGUCGCAUUAUCCACCAACGCCUCCUUCGUUACUCCCCAGAGAAAGCAAAGGCUUUCCUAGAGGCGUGUGGAUACAAGUCUUCAUUCAAAUCACCGGCCGAAAAAGAUAGGAAGACUCCUACCGAAGCUGCUAGAAUGCAUAACAAAGUUGAUGACGCCUCAAGUAUCAAAGAAGCCAUCUACGACUAUGCCAACACCAUCGACAACGGUAGUAACGGUGUCAAAGACGUCAACAGAUAUACCUCCCUUUUCCCGCCCAGGAAGGCCAGAAACCGACUGCAUUGCAUUUACGCCGAGGACGAGAUGUAUCCAACAUCUGCUGGAAUAUUUGCAGAAAAUGAGAGAGAAUGCGAUCUACAUGUGUUAAACAACGAGAAGGCACAAUUUCCGCAGUCCUUUCCCGCCUUCAUUCCUACAGAAAUGCGGAGGUCGUCUCCAUCAGUCAUGGAAACUGUAGAUAAGCUGGGUCCUGAAGAGAAGCAACAAAUUCAGGGCGACCUCAAAUUCAGUAAGUCAGGCUACCGAGAAUACCCACAACCAUCUCCACCCACCACAAAUUCAGUGGCGCAUCUUCGAAUGGUGGAUCGUCUGGCUGAGAUAUUUAUGCAUAUUCUCUCCAUUCGAAGACCUCAUUGCAGCCGCCAGAGGCCUCCCGAAAUGGUAGACGUUGCGAGUCAGAGAAAUCACAUCAGUCGAUCACGUGUUAACAAUAAUCUCUCCUUCGUUAUUUACGUGGAUCCAAAUGGCAAGACUGUCAGUUCACACUUCACCACUGCAAAUAACGGCACUACGGAGACGCAGGCACUUGUCGAUGUUCCCAUUCCUCGGAUGGACUUUACCAGCUUUCGAAUGUUCACUCAGCGAUGCAAAUUAAAGAAUGCUGGCAUCUCAAUACGGGAAGUUGACAUCCUCUACAUGAAGCACAGACUCCACUGGUUUCAUGUAUUUGAGCCAGACUCGCCGAGUGCCGACACUGUAAUUGCACAAAAGUAUUUCACCAGUCCUUCAAGUGUCGGUGAUGCUUGCCACUCGAUUAGACAGAAGGACGACCAAGUGGAGCCCAUGUCGGAUACUCGGAAAAGGGCCUUUACGGCUUUUGUGGAGCACUGCUGGAAUGCGCUCAACAUGUCCACCACUCAGUCGCCGCCACCACGUACUGCAACGGCAACACCAAAGUUGUUGCAUUGA